AAGCUUUACCUUUAUCUAGUAGUCUUUAAAGAUAUUAACAAAACUACUAUUAUUCUAGAGAGAUCCUUUAUUAAUAAAGUACUAGAGAAUCUUGUUAAUAAUAUUUAUAUUAUAUAUCUUAAUAAUAUCCUUAUCUACUCUAUAAAUAAAGAAGAGUAUAUAUAG